CGGGGCCGGACCCUGGAGGUGUUUAUGUUUGGCAGUAAUAGCGGCACUUGACUGAGGCCUGUUGUUGGAUUGCAGGAUUGUUAUCUGAAUGUGAAAUUAUGUUGUCUUUAGGCAUAAAUGUAUCAGGGUAAAUGUAAAGAAAUACUAGAAGCACAAAGCAGGUGGGGUUAAGCGGAACUGCUCAUUGGUUUUGGUGCCAAGUCACAGAGUUUUUAGGAGGCCCGACCCCGGAGGUUGACGGCUCCGGGCGGCCCUUGUUCAUCCAGAUUCAUGGAUCCAGCGGGCAAGCUGCCCCAUGCGCUCUUUCAGAAAGGUGACCACAGCUUCCCAGUUUUUCAUGCCCAGCAGGAUCCUCCUUUCGGGCAAGCGGAUGAAGUCGGAGAGUCUCCUGUUGUGUUUGGACACCAGGCGGCUUCAGCAGCCCAUGGUUCUGGCCCUCCUCCUGCACCGAGUCAGCCCUUCAGUUUUAAGCCUUUUGGCACGUUCUCAAGUUCUGUUAACUUUGGUGCCACAACGGCUGGAGGUUUUAGACACCCUGAGCCAAACUUCAAAGGGUUCGGGAAUCCGGAUGUCCAGAGAUCGUAUGUUGGCAGUCUGGACACGAACACAUCAUCAAAUAAACUUGCCUCAUUUAACUUCUCCCAGCCUUUGAGCAGUGGCGAAGCGGGCAUUUUCACGGCUUCACAGAGUAAGGGUGCCACUAUUAGUGGCCCAUCCUUCAGUUUCUCCCAACCAACAAACAGCGGGACUUCCUCCAGCCUCUUCAGGUUAUCUCGGCCAACUGCAACAGUUAGUUUGCCAGAUACUUUUAGCUUCUCGCAGCCGGCGGCUAUGAGCGGUCCUCCCGGAGGCUUCCGUUUCGUGCAGCCGACCCCCAGCAGCACCUCAGCCUCAUAUACCUUUUCUCAACCAAGUUUAGCUGUCGCAGUAGAUUACUCUGCAUCAAACAAAAAAGUAGCUGGCGAAGAAAAAUCGACUCAGAAGCCAGUCUUUGGAGUGUCUGAUGCUAGCCCUGCGUUGACAUAUGAUGUGAGACGCAGUGGAGUGGGAACCACUGGAACAACGGCAAAGACCGGACACACUUUGAAGCGUGAAGAGGAGGAGGAACAGUUGAUUCCCAAAAAGGGCGUGAAAAGAAAAGACAAGCGAGAAAGGUCACCAUACCAAUUUGAAUACAGUGCUGUUAAAGGACAAGCAACAGGAUCCAAGAACAGCCAGUCUCUAGGGAAAAGGCCAGCGAAAGUUGCUCCAUCUAUGGGGGUCUUUAAUCUCGCCCUUCAAGAUGUGUUAAAGGGCAGUAGAAGGGAAUCUAAAAGAGUCAGCACGCCUUCAGAAAGCGAAACAAUUGAAAAAUUGAAGCUGUUAGCCGAGUCAAGCAUUCCAUUGCAAUGGCCUGCUCGACUGAGGAAAGAAGAAACAAAGAAGAGAGUGAGAGAUGAUUUUGUUGGCAGGUCUUCCUCCCGGAGGCUACGUCGGGGUGACAGCACAGAUAGUCUGUCCAGUGUUCCCUUGUCAGAACUCACUGCCAUUCAAUGCAAAAACAUCCCAGUGGACCUUAACAUGAAGGAGAUCAUCAAGAAGCACUUCUCGCAGUUUGGCAAGGUGCAGCGGGUAUAUUGUCAAACCAAUAAGAGGCUGGCGGUGGUUCACUUCUAUGAUCACGCAUCUGCUUCCAAUGCAAAGAAAAAAGGAAAAUCUCUACGCAAGCAACAGAUUGAAAUAUUUUGGCAACGGAAAAAAAACAGUCCUGGGAAGAAGUCUUCUCGGGAAGAAGUGGAUGUACCAAAAGGAGAUGAAGAGAAACGCAGCAAGGAUAAAGCUGACUUGGAGCACUCACCUCUCCGCAAUCCAACAGCAAGAUCUUCUGCAGGAAAUGCUUUGAACAAGUCGCCAGUUAAGAAACCAUCUUCUUCAAAGACUCUGCAAUCUGAGAAUGAAUCCCAGGAUCCACAGGGUAUGGAAGAUCAGGUGUCAAUUUCUGAACGUGCAGGGGCACUACCUUCUACCCUCAAUCAUUUGAUUGGCAUAGUUGCCAUGACUCCUGAGGAGAAAUACAGGGUACUUGACCAGCGGGACAAGCUAAUGAGGCAAGCACGAGUGAAAAGAACUGAGUUGGAGAAGGCUAAAGCUGUGGUGGGGACCUGUUUGGAUAUGUGUCCAGAGAAAGAGCGUUACAUGAGGGAGACAAGAUACCAACUUAGCUCUUUUGAGACAAUACCUGGCACUGAUAAGGUUAACCAUGAAGCUACAAUCAAAGAAUAUAGCAGGUCAUCAGCAGAUCAGGAAGAACCUUUACCUCAUGAACUUCGACCUGCCGCUGUCCUGAAAAUGACCAUGGAUUAUCUAGUGACUAAGAUCAUGGAUCUGGGUGACGGCAAUUACCGGGACUGGUAUGAUUUUGUAUGGAACAGAACUCGUGGAGUGAGGAAGGAUAUUACUCAGCAGCAUCUAUGUAAUCAGCUGACGGUGGUGCUCAUUGAGAAGUGCACACGAUUCCAUAUCCACUGCAGCCAUCAUCUCUGCGAGGAGCCAAUGUCCUCCUAUGAUGCCAAGAUAAAUGAUGAAAACCUAACCAAGUGCUUGCAAAGCCUGAAAGAGAUGUACCAGGAUUUGGCUACCAAGGAUACCUACUGUGAGAAUGAGGCAGAGUUCCGGGGCUACCAUGUUCUUCUCAAUCUCAAUGAGGGAGACAUUCUCCGGGAAGUUCAGCAGUUCCGUCCAACUGUCCGGAACUCCCCAGAGGUGAAGUUGGCAGUCCAGGCCUUCGCUGCUCUUAACAACAACAACUUUGUGAGAUUUUUCAAGCUCGUCAGGGCAGCCUCAUAUCUUAAUGCUUGCAUAUUGCAUCGUUACUUCAAACAGGUACGCCGUGAGGCUUUGAAGACUUUGAAUUUUGCUUUCACGGUGAGUUCUCAGCGAUCCACAAUGUUCCCAGUGGACACUCUUGUUAGAAUGUUGCUGUUUAAAGACUGUGAAGAGGCAGAAGAAUUUGCCAGGCACUACGGUCUGAGUUUGAGUGAUGGGUGUGUUGAAUUGAACCGAUUGACCUUAACCGAUCCAGAUUAUCCACUGUUGCCCAAGAAGUCCCUGUUUAUUGAUCAGAAACGCACUGCACUGAUUGGGGAGGUAGUGAAUGGAGGGCAGCUUCCACUAUUUACACCAUAUAUCCCUGUUUUGAGCUUUGACAAUCAAGGGCGAUACGUUGGAGAGAGCCGUGAGCCAAAUAGUGCCAGUCAGAAACCAACUCUGAGUGUGGAAGGUGGUCAAGAUGCAGCAAGAAAAGUUGAAACUCAUCCUGUUACAUCCUGUACCGCUGUACUGCCGGAGGACCGAUUGUUAGCCCCAGAAAUGCCUCCUGUCGAACAGCUUUCUCAGCCACUGCCAUUGCUUCAGGUUACUGCUCCUCCGACAGCUCUGUUGCCUAUCACCCCUCAGGUGCCCACUGCACCUCCACCUAAGCCUCAGCCAGUCUACUCUGAAAAGAUGAUCGUUGAAGUGGUCAAAGACUUGGUUAAUGAUAUGGUGAAGGAUGUUCUCUGUGUGGAGUGUAAAGAGCUGGCGAAAGCAGGGGCAGCUUAUGCUGCUGAAGCCAUCAGUUUGUCAAACAUGUCGACCGAGGAACUAAUUGCAGAAGUCACCACAGAAAUACUAACGCAAACUUCAUCUGAGGAAUUUCAGGCAGAGAGACAGAGGAUUGAAGAUGAAAAGCACAGAAUUGAACAGGCCAGAUUGAAGCAGGAACGGGAGUUGUGGAAGAGCCGCUACAGUCAGGCCCUUUGUGAUGAACUUACAGAGCAAGUUGUGGAUUACUCUGUAAGAAAAUGUGCCAUUCAGGAGUUAAGGCUUGCAGUGGAGGAGGAUAGGCGAGCACGGAUUAACCGCUGCUCCACGGAGUUCUGCAACUACCUCAUCAAAGAAACGUUGGAAAGUGAGAUCUUUCAGGCAGUGAAGGAGACGCUGCAGGAAGUUCAUUGUUUCUGCAAAUACUUAAAGAAAUGGAGAGCUACUGCGGAGGCUCGGAAACGCCUGAGAAAACAAAUGUGGACAUUCCCAGCAGCUCCAGGCUGGGCAGGCCCUGACUGCAAACUGAGUCCCCAAGUGGUGAACCCAGAUCUGCCCACAGAUGACAACCUCAGCAUCUCAUGUAUACGGUUGCUCCAGAAGAGGAAGGCGACAGCUCAUCAAAUGAGAGUUCAAAAUUUCUACCAGCAGCUCCUUUGUGAAGCUGCCUGGACUCCUUUGGAUUUGUUCGCAUUGGUGGUGGAUAGCUUUCCAACUCGUCAGAAGAGAAUCUUCUGGAAGGUUGUUCUGCUGUUGCCAAGUGAUGAAGGAUAUGGACUUAGCGAUACCAACAGAACUUUGAUUGAUUGGCUGAAAGCAAAAUUUCAAGGAAGUGAAAGGGUGGAUGAUCCAGUGGGUGAUGCUGACAACAUCAUUCAGACACACCUGUGCAAAGCAGUGAGCAGCAGUGAAGCAAUUGAUGCCCUUGUGCACAUCUGUGUGAAGGUGACCAAAGGCCCUCUGAGUGACACAGAUGUGGAUGCAAUGGAACAGCGGAAAGAACUACUGGGAACAACUGCUCUAAUCCUCUUGCUACCCGCUCGAGAAGAAGGCACAGACCAGGACGAGGAGGAAGUCUAUUGGCUGUCUGCUAUGCUUCAAGUCAGACAACUUUUACAAGCUAAACCUUUAAAUCCUGCAGUGCCACUGGUCAUCCUUGUUCCCAGAGAGGAAAAGUUAUUCAAUGAGGAAGAGGUAAUAGAAGGUCUAAAGCUUGAAGCGUUAGUGGCUACUCACCUCGUGUCUGAAUUUUUGAUCGUCCUGAUCCCAGGAAAAAGCAAUCUUCAAGGAUCAAACAAGGUCUCUGAAGCUGUAAGGUGGCUGGCCUCACGUUGCCCAUCACAGCCGGAGGUCUGCUGUCAGACUCUGAUGCAGUUCAUUGAGGACGGACUAUGCCGAGAGUUCAGUGACCAGUUUUACAGUGAUAAAUCCGAAAGGCUAUUGGCUGCAUUACCUUCCCAGGACCCAAGCUCCAUCAUUGAGUAUUACAAUGAUGUGCUGCGUUUCCUUGCAGAAGUGGUGUCCUCUGAGCAACUCUACAAUCUUUCCUGGCCAGUGGCUGAGUUUUCUGGAACUGCUGCUCACGAAAUACUGGCACACAAAGAGUGGAAUUCUAAUAACCAUCUGGCCUGGCUAAAGAAAGCUGUGAUGUCUUUUCAGUUACCGGUGAUGGAUCUACCUCCCUUGCAUGCUCCAUGGGCUAAGGUCUGUGAUAUGAUCUUCCAUUACGUGUCGCAGGUGCCAGUGUCACAGCAAACUUGCCCACUGCUGCUGUCAAAGAUUGAACAUCUCCUGAAUAGAGUUUACGGCAAAUGGAGAGAAAGCUGUCUCUUGACAUUGGAAGUCACGAUAGAUGAGGGGCCUUUGGUUUCAGAAAUACCUUGGGAUGAAAUUGUUGCCAUUUGCAUUGACCAUCGAUUGAGAGAGUGGAGACCCCCAAGCCUGCCCUGUGCUGCAGAAGCGGUAAGUGAAGAUGGUCAGAUCCUGGUCUAUUAUUUCCAGGAUGAUCUAAAAAAAUACAAACGUCCUACAUUGUGGGACCAGGCACGAUCAAAUACCCAAAUGGAAAUCCAAGAAGCCUCUCACAGGUUGUCACAGAAGCAGGCAUACUCUUCAGUUAAGCAGAGAUUUCACUGUAAAUCAUAUACUGUGAAGGUCAGUCCUGAAGAAACCCUUCCAGACAGGAGUGCUUCUGCUGUGGAUAUCACCCGUACUUUUACAGCAGCAGAACUUCUACCAGAACGACUGCUGUCAGAAAUUGAAAUGGAAAGAGAGGAGAAUAGGAGGUGUGAGGAGCAACUGUAUCGCUGGCUGGAUGAGGGCCCUUUGGAUUCAAUUGCUCUCCCCCUUUACCUCCCACAGACCUUGGUCUCCGCUGAUGAAGUUGUUGUCCCCAUGCACCGAGUUUCUACUCCAACCACACCACAGGAGGUUGCUAAUAAUGGGCACAGUAAGGACAUGAGUAUGAAUAACUCUGAUUGCCUGAACUAUUCAACAAUGACGCUAUCGGACAAACUGAAAGAGUUUAAAAGGUUGAUCCGAGCCAGUCAAGAAGAAGAAUUGGUUUGUGAACGUCACCUGUCCAUAUUACUAGAUAUAACCGACACAUGAUGGAAACAGCACAACAGCCCAUGUUUGGGGUAUAUUAAAACGCACUGCGUGGUAGUUGGGUGGUGCUUCACUGCUCCUAUUUGAAUGUUUUUCUCCUUUCCAUUGUUCCAUCCUUUGAAAUAUGGAUUCAGUAUUUGUACAGUCAUUAAGAUUACACAAUUUAAUUUAUAACAAUACUCCAGACAAUAUUUGAAAUCUGACUUUAUUCAAGUCACUCCUUGCUGUUUCCCAAACAUUUAUUUCUUUUGCUGCAGAAACUUUACUUUGUACUUGUAUCUCUUGCCAAAGUUAUGUUCACAUUUGCCAUCUGGUGAUGUGCUACCAUCCAGAAAAUGUUUUUCUUCCAGUAAAAGGUGUGGGUGGUAAUUGUAAGAUUUUGGCAUGGUGUCCUGUGCCUUUUAAGGAUAACUUGACUGAAAGAGGAAACCUGUAGCUACGAUUAAAAAAUUGUGCAGCUUAAGCAAUAAGCAUUAGGGAAAUUUGGUCCACUGGUUUUUAAAAAUACUGUGACUCUGUGACUUCUCAGAAUUAAAAUACAAUAUUGGUGUGCUUCUCAGAUCAUUUAUCCCAUUUUAGAAAGGUGGGAGAGAAAAAUUGAAGUUCAGAUCACAUGUUGGACUUUCUGGAACUAAGAAUCUGAAAGAAACUGAAAAGUUUAUCUGUCUGGUCCUUUGAAGUGUGCAACUUCUGGUAUGAAACCACAAUGCAAGUUGUUUUAAAAAAGAUAUCAGAAUAUAAACAAGCUUCCCAAGAGGGAUGUGUCAAAAUAUUGACUAAUGACAUAUCUAGGCCCCUAAUUAGAUUUUUAAACUGCUUUCUUAGUGUUGGUAACCUGUAGUACGUGUUUCUAGAUAUUUGUUCUAGUACCUUUCCAGUUAAGGGUUAGGUACAUCUAAGAUUCAAUUUGUGCAUGAAUGCUUUAAUUAGCAUGGGAAUUCUGUUCUAUAAUGUUUUAAGCAUUACUUUUUAAACAUUAAACAGAAGCUGUAAUUACGUUCAUUUGAAAUGACUGGCUGCCAUCCAGUAACAGCAACUGAACAGGAGCACGUAAUCACCCAGUGUUACAUUGGACAGGUUCAUUAGUUGUAUUAAAUUGGAUCUUCUGGCAGGCGCUGUGUGUUUUGACAGUGUGGUUAAGUGUGAUGUGCAGCUUCUCCUGAGAUAACAGACUCGGAAUAAAUCCUUAUUAAGUGAGGAACUGAGUUUUCUGCCUGUAUUAAAAAAAAAUCAUGAACAAUA